AUGGCGACGCUGCUCAGCAGCAUUCCGGCGCCGGCCAAGGAGUAUAGCCGGCCGGCGCCGGAAGGGCCCAGUUCUAGCGGCGCAGCGGGGGCUCGCAUCACUCGGGAGCCUCCGCCCUACGGCAAGCGGGCUGGCUUCGUGCCGAGGCGCAUCGAGGACUUUGGCGACGGCGGUGCCUUCCCGGAGAUCCACGUCGCCCAGUACCCGCUGGACAUGGGGCGCCCCGACAAGGGCGCCGGCGGCGCGCCCGGCGGCGGUGGCGGCCAGACGCUGGCCCUCACCGUCAACGCCGAGGGCGACAUCAACUACGACGCGGUGCUGCAGCAGAGCAAGAACUCGCAGAAGUGGCUGCAGACCACGCACAAGGCGCUGGUGCCCAAGGUGGACCAGCUCAACGCGGGGAACCUGCUGAAGCCCGACGAGGAGGAGAUCGAGAAGACGGCGCAGGAGACGGCGGCGGCGCUGGCGCUGCGCGUCGACAAGAAGCAGGCGGCGAUCAACCCCAAGACGCUGCCGCAGCUGCCGGGGCAGGCGCAGUACAUCAAGUACACCCCCGCGGACGGCGGCCCACAGCACGCCUCUGGGGCCGCCUCCCGCAUCAUCAAGAUGCAGGACAUGCCGGUGGACCCGCUGGAGCCGCCCAAGUUCAGGCACAUCAAGGUGCCGCGCGGCCCCGGCUCGCCCCCCGUGCCCGUCAUGCACUCCCCUCCGCGCCCGCUGACGGUCAAGGACCAGCAGGACUGGAAGAUCCCUCCCUGCAUCUCCAACUGGAAGAACAGCAAGGGCUACACCAUCCCGCUGGACAAGCGCCUGGCCGCGGACGGUCGCGGCCUGCAGGAGGUGGCCAUCAACGACCAGUUUGCCAAGUUCACAGAGUCGCUGUACAUUGCGGAGCAGAAGGCGCGCAGCGCGGUGGAGGCGCGCUCCAAGAUGCAGCGCGAGCUGCUGGCGAGGGAGAAGGAGCGCAAGGAGCGGGAGCUGCGGGAGCUGGCGCUGAGGGCGCGCAUGGACAGGAUGGGGGGCGCCGCCGCCAUGGAUGUGUCGUCGGAUGAGGAGGCUGGGCGGCGGGAGCGGCGCGACCGCGACCGCGGCGGCCGCGACCGCGGCGGGGAGCGGGAUCGGGGCGGCGAGCGGGAGGGGGAGUCUCGGGAGGAGCGGGAGGAGCGGCGCAAGCGGGAGGAGAUCCGGGAGGAGCGGCGGCGGGAGCGGGAGCGGGAGCGGCGCCUGGAGGCGCGCGACGCGCACGGCUUCAAGAAGAGCAAGCUCACGCGCGACAGGGACCGCGACAUCUCGGAGAAGAUUGCGCUGGGCAUGGCCAAGGUCACCGGCGGCGAGGCGAUGUACGACCAGCGGCUGUUCAAUCAGGACCAGGGCGUGGGUGCGGGGCUGGGGGGCGAGGAGAGCUACAACAUCUACGACAAGCCGCUGUUUGCAGACAGGGCGGAGCUGUUCAAGCACAAGGGCCGCAAGGACGACGAGGUGUAUGCGGGGGCGGGCGGCGGCGGCGGCGGCGCCGAGGUGGACACCUCCCGCUUCAAGCCCGACAAGGGCUUCACCGGGGCCGACUACGGCAAGGGAGGGGAGGGCGGCGAGGUCCAGUUUGAGAAGGAGGCGGAGGAGGCGGAUCCGUUUGGGCUGGAUGCUUUCCUGUCGGACGUGCGGCAGGGCAAGAAGCGCGGCGCCCUGGACGACGCCGGGCGCGGCGGCAGCAUGCGCGCCGCGGGCGGAGGCAGCAGCUACGACCAGGAAGCGGGCGGCAGCGGGCGGCGCCGCGAGUUUGUGAGCGGCUCGCGGUGA